UUAAAAAGUAAGACAUUGAACUGUCGAAGAAACGCGUUUAAUUUUUGGGGGACCAGUCGGGUACCCAGUAAAACCAUUUUCCGUGUAGUUUUUUUUCCGUGCAUAUCGAAUUUCCAGAUUGACGUUUCUUGUUUUGACAGUUCGUCGUCGGUUUGCUUCGAAAUUUGUUUUCUUUUUCUCGUCAAAGACUGAAACUUGUCCGCGGCUGAAAAUUUGAUUUGCAUCAAAAUUAGUUAGUUUAUAAUUAUAUUCAGAAUCAGUUUGUUUUUCUAUACAUUUAAUUAAGAUCGCGAGAAUCGUUCGGACGAGUUCGAUAGCGUCCGGGAGUACUUUGCCUGGAAGGGACUUUAUGUGCGCUUGUGGUUCCGGAAUAUCGACGAGUACCACCUGGACUUCCAAUCCAAGGCUGGAAUCUACGACAUGUUGGUAUACUUCGUUUCGGAACGGGAUGCGGAUUUUGCGAUCCGGAAGUGUCACCGAGAGAUCUACAAGGGGUACCCGUUGAAUGUGUUCCCCGGGCGGGAAUCGGUCUAUUUCGAUCCCAGUCGAAGUCUGCAGGCCACCAGGAUGAAGAACGAACGGAUCUACAGUGAACUAUUCUUCGAGAAACACGUCAAGUUCAUCCAAAAGAGUACAGUAACCUGUGCGGUCAAGUUCGACACCAGAUCCGGUGCCAUGGAGUUCGCCAGCACUGCCGAUAAGGCCAAGGUACAAUUUGGUGAACGCUUUUUCGAGUUUAAGCCCGCCCCCCAGAGGCUACGGAAGCAGCGCUUCCUCGAACAGGACAUCCUAGACCAAAUCGCAUAUAUCGGAACCAUUUGUUAUGAUCUGGAAAAAUAAGAAAUAAAUAAAAUAAUCAC